UUUCAACAUCCUGAGUAGAGGCAUGGCUGGAAAACUUGACAAUGCCAAUCCACUGAUUUUUGAACAGAGUAAAGAGAGACAGGUGAUACCUGAAGAGGAAGACGAUGAUGUAGCUGAUAGAAUAGACGACAGAGAAGUUUUUGAUAUGAUAAGAACCAUCAAUGAUCCUGAACACCCUUUAACCUUGGAGGAGCUAAAUGUGGUGGAAAAUGCUCGAGUCAAAGUAGAUGAUGAAAACAGUCAUGUUGGUAUAGAAUUUACUCCCACAAUUCCACACUGCAGUAUGGCUACAUUGAUAGGUCUGUCUAUACGAGUCAAACUACUUCGAUCUCUGCCACCCCGUUUUAAGGUUGAUGUUUCCAUUACCCCAGGAACCCAUGCAUCUGAAGUUGCAGUAAACAAACAGCUGGCAGACAAGGAGAGAGUGGCCGCUGCAUUAGAGAACACCCAUCUCCUGGAGGUUGUUAAUCAGUGCUUAGCAACAAGAAAAUGAUGUCACAGACAUGAGCACAAAAUGUUUCCUUAUUUAGCCUUCAUUUUCAAAGACUAGAAACUGAAACUGUUUAGAAGUUAUCCUUGUUUCAAGGUUAGAGACAGACUUAUCUGAGUAAGAAGACUGUUUCAUUUAAAAUGUAAGAAAAAAAAAGUGGAAUGAAAACUGUGUGUCAAUCCAUAUUCGUUGAAAAGAGAUGCUGAAUAGAGCUGGCCUACUCAAAAACAAAUUGGUGACAUUAAUCAUUAGAAUGUUACCUGUUUACAUAUUUCUUAAUAAUAUUCUGUCAAUGCAGAUGUAUAUACAUGUAUAUAAAAUAUGAAGAUGUAUGAAUUAUUUGCAUAUGUACAAUAAAAUGUACAGUUUAUGUUGAAAA